UACUGCUGCUGGCUGCCAACUGCGUAAGUUCAUUGUUUCCUGGCUCUCUAUUACUUCAUCAGUUGUCUCUUCUUUUAAAGCUCCUACCUAACACAAAGGAGCUCUGGAAACUCUACUUUGUGUAUCUAAUCAGUGAUGCCUCUACUAGCAAACAUACUGCUUCUCUUCUCUCCAUUGCUACUGGCAGCCACUGUAGAGAGCUCUUGCUCUACCUGCAUUGACUACACUAGGACCCCUGAAACUAAUGGAAGCUCUGUUGUAGAGACAGUCAUUCGUCUCAUUCAACAUUCAGGAAUAUUCCCCGACGACUACGGAGCCUUGCAAAGGAUCGCCUGGCUUGAGACUCAGUAUGGGCAAAACCAGCUCACAUACAGGCCACAGCAUCAUGGUGGAAUAUGGAACAUCAACCAGACUGGUUUUAAUGCCCUAGAUGUCAGUAGCCAACACUUGGCAAUGAUACAAAGUGAAUUUUGCUUCAAUUGGGCUGAAGUGGUAUGGACUGAUCUAAGGAAGCCACUUUAUUCUGCUCUAGCAGCAAGACUUCUCAUUAACCAGUCACCUUCUGGUGGGAUUAUCUCUCAAGAUCCUUCCUCUCAGGCUCAAAUGUGGUUAGAUAUGUAUACAAGCAUGGAUAGGAGUAGGACUCAGGAUAAUUAUGUGGAUAUUGCUAUGCAGCAUAACAGCACAUCAAACAAAGUUAAUAUAUCCAACGUCAAUAUUGACACUCCAACUGUAUUCUCUCUCUGCACUAAUGAGUCUGUGUACUUCUCCUACAACAUAUCCACAGACGUUCCUCUCAUAAAAGUUUCCCUCAUGAGCAAUGGCUCUGCUUCCCUUUAUAUAUCAAAUGCAGGACCACCCUCCGAGUCUUUUUAUUGUGCGAAAAUUGAGGAGACAUCGUCGACUGGUUAUGUGUACGUAUCUGUGGACCAAUUGAGUUCUUGUGGAUCGGAGGAAAUGCUGUUCAUUAGUGUGGUCGGGAGGGAAGAGUCUGGUGGUAUGACAGCUGCUUCCUUAAUCCUGAGUAAUGCAAAUGAUUCCUAUGAAUUUAUUCAAAACACCGGCAGUGAUUCCGACUGGUUUGCGGUCGGAAUGUACAGCAACCAUCCAGACGUAGGCUCAAUACCAAUCUCAAUCUUUGUCACGUCGGAUUCAGACUCAGCUUUCAAUAUUUCCAUAGAGUCUUACGAAGGUGUUAUAUUGUCCGGCGAAGUUAAACCAUAUGAGACGUCAGAGUUUUUUAUACCGGAGACGUACAUGGUGUCAAAUGAAAGUGACUUUAUGAAUGGACUGAUAGUUAGAGCUGAUACUGGGAACAAGAUGAGAGUAUCUGUCAGUAACCAUUAUUACAUAUCCAGUGACUCUUACUUAGCUCUUCCCCUCAUCCAAUACCAGGGAGUGACCGAGUAUACUUAUUUUGCCGUUACGCCAAAUUUCACUUCUCCAAACCUAACAAGUCGAGUUCUCAUUGUAUGCGGUUUCAAUGAUACUUCAAUUACAAUAACAUCUACUCAAACUGCUUACAUGUAUUUACCAUCUGGCGUUGUUACACUUCAGCCUUCAACCUCUAUGGAGAUUUCAGGAAACAUUUAUCAGACGAUACUUAUUGAAAGUGAAGAUCAGCUAAUGGGAACAAAGGUGGUCACAAAUAAACCAGUAACUUUCCUUUCAGGGCACCAAUGUGCUUCACUUCCUGACAAUAUAUCUUGCGAUUUCGCUAUAGAGCAGAUACCACCGACCAUCAAUUGGGGAAGGAAUUUUAUUUUCCCACUUCUCUCGUCUCGAGUUGGCGGAUCCUACCUUUCCAUACUUGCCUCAGAGUCUGACACUACAGUUGACGUAUCUUGUACUAACUCUAAUAACAACAGCACUCUUUCUGACUCAUUCACCAUUUCAUCUUCAGGGGAUUACGCUACAAUGCUGGUUGCCCCUGAUGAUGCUUUAUGCAGUGUUAUAUCAAGCAAGCCCACACUUCUUACAGUCCUUAGUACCAGCAAUAACUAUGAUACUACUGAAGGUGACCCGCUGAUGGUUCUAGUGCAACCUGUAGAGCAGUAUGUGAAUGUCAAUCAUUCUUUCACUGCUUUUAAAAGUGACAUUGAUAAUCAUUACCUUAAUCUGAUGGUAAAAGCAAGCGAUAGUGAUAAUAAUAUUCAACUCAAUGAUGAAACUAUUAGUAGUAGCAAUUGGAAGAGUAUCAAUACCACUGGAGGAGUAAGAGCUGGUUAUGUGACCCAACUAAAUGUAGCUAACACUACUCACUUGGUUUCUCUGGGGUCGGCCAGCUCUGGCAGAGACGUUAGGGUUGGUGGGAUGAUGUACGGGUUCGCCUGCUCUGUCGGCUAUGGACAACUCAUUGCUACAAACUUGUAUCUCAUUCACGAAACUACCAACAGACUGUCUGCUACCAUAACGAUGCCAUCACAAGAGCAACGCAAAAUUGGCAACAAUGUUAAACUAACAUGCAACACUUCAGGACUACCUGUAUAUGCACUACAUUGGAAGAAAGAAGGCUCACGUGUAUAUCCUUCUUGCAAGUACUCUAUUUCCAGCAACAGUCCUGGGUCAAGUGUUCUUACUAUAUUCAAUGCUAAUGAGACUGAUGAAGAUGUGUAUGAGUGUGUGGCUCAUAGCUAUUAUAGUGAUCCUGUGACUGCUACCAGCCAAACUUUGAGUUUGGACAGCCCUUCAAAAGGUCACUAUUCCAUCCCAACCGUCACACCAACAGUAAUGUCAACAUGGGCUUAUAAAGAUGUGAAUCAAUCUCUAUCCUUCAACAUCACCAAUGCUGUACCUCCAGUCACUAGUAGCCACUUGUGGUGGCAUUUCAGUCCAUUGGAAGGAAAAGGAAAAUAUUUGGACCCCAACGCUACUUCGAAGUAUAUCUUUAGCAGCGAUCAUUUGCGUAUUGACAUCAUUGGAGCUCAGUUAAAUAAUAGUGGGAAUUACACUUUGAUAGUAAGGAAUGAAGCUGGUCUUGUCAAUAGCACCAUAACCUUCAAUGUUUAUAUUGCUCCAACUAUUAUUAGUCAUUCAAUACCAGGGGAUGUGCCUAGAAAUGCUAGUGCACAUGUUACAUUCAAUUGUACUGCUGAUGGGUAUCCAAGGCCUAACAUUGCAUGGACAAAAGACAAUGUAGCAGUUUCUAGUAGCAAUCCAAGAAUCACAAUAUCUGCUAUGGAAAUAAAUUCAACGUCAGAGAGGCAGCAAACAAAAAGCAGUCUCACCAUUAGGGAUCUCACUGAAGAUGACAGUGGGAAUUAUCUGUGCAGGGCAAGUAGUCUUGAAGUUCCCCGGGAAGCUGUGCUGGAUACCCCGUUUCACCUCAACGUAAAAAUAAUUAAUCAGACUGACCACUGUGCUAAUAAUCCUUGCAAAAAUGGCGGUACCUGUUUCAGCAAGCAAAGCACUUUCAGCUGCAUAUGUGAUGAAGGAUACGCUGGAAAUGAGUGCCAAAAUAUGCUGAUAGUUUACAAGGCCCCAGAAAUCACCGAGAAACCACAGGGUGUUGUAGGCGAAUACUUUUCACCAGUUAACUUGACCUGUAAAGCCACUGGCUCUCCCAAACCUGCCAUACUUUGGUAUAAGGAUGGCGUUGAAUUAAACAAUACCAAUGAUGAUAGUUCAGUUUUGAAAAUACCUGAGUUGAGACUUGAUAACAGAGGAUAUUACCAUUGUGUCGCAAAAGUCAUUUAUAACGGAGAAAAGAUUGAUACAUCUGAAAAAGUUCUUAUUAACAUUAGAGGUAUAGUGCAGUAUGAAGCAAUAAUACUCGCACCAGUUAAUGACAAUUCUCAAUCUGUUGAGCAAAAGGUAAGAAAUUCUCUUCACAAUGACAAGUUUGAUGGCAACACCGAAGUAUUACUAGUAAAAGUCAAGAGACAGAAUUCAAGGAGGAAAAGAUCUACUUCUCGUCAUGACAUUAUAAUUACACUACGAACUGACAUGAAACCAAGUGAUUCCCUAAGGAAAUCUAUCGAGGAUCAAAUCAAUGCUGCUAGCUCUAGUUCUGGCAUUAGCUCUCAACAGAUUGAUAGAUUUGAUGGCUGUAAAUCUGAUGUCACUAGGAUUCCUCCUCAUACAAACAGAACUGAUAUUAACGUGACCAUUGAAUGGGAAGAGUCCAACCUCGGGGAAGACGUGAGAGUCCGUUGUCCUUGUGGUGGGCUGAAUGCCUCUAGUCUCAUGGCCACGAGGUCCUGUCGAGGGGAUUUUAAUAAUGGGGGGAUGUGGGAGGAGGCUUAUGUUACACCUUGUAACUUUAGUGAUUUUGCUCGUGAGAUUUGUGACUUAACAGAACGUCCAGUACCUGAGAGAGUGGAGGGUUUAAAUAACCUCACAAGUGAUGAAUCAUUUAAUCUUGAUAGCACUGAUGUUGCCGUGGUCACACUUGUGCUUCUUACAACAACAAACGAUGUUAAAGGAGAUGAAAAGCUAACAAGAUCUUACUUGGAGGUUGUUGAUAAUAUCAUUGCAAUUGAACCUGUCGUUUUGAAAGAGAGUCAAAAUGUCUCAAAUACUUCAUCAAGGAUACUCAAUACCAUUGAUGACAUACUAUCAGAGUUACCAGUAACUAGCAUCAAUGAGCCGGUAAUCAUCACAUUUGACAGACUUGCUGCUUCAACCAUCAAAGUUGAUGCAACAAAUUUCGAGGGACUUGUUUUUGCCUCUGAUGUCAAUAGCAGCAACAUUGGCGAUCCCCAAUACGGCUCCAGUGACAAUGUAACAACUAGUGGAGCUGUCAGCAUAACGCUGCCUGAAAGCCUCCUUGAUAAUGUGAACACUACAGGCACUAUACAGGUCAUCAAUAAGGUUUUCAUUGAUGAUAUACUCUUCCUGAGGAGAGACAACAAGUCUUUAGAUGUCAACAGUGCAAUAGUAUCUGCUGCUAUAGUUGAUACACCAAUACGGGGACUGGAGAACUCCAUUAAUAUAUCAUUUCCAAUGGGAAAGGGUAACAUCAGUAAGCAGUCUUGUGCUUUCUGGAAUUUCUCACUAGAUGGUGGAUAUGGUGAUUGGUCUUCUGAAGGAUGCACUUUAGUUGUUGUUGAUGAUAAUAGCGUCUGUCUCUGUGACCAUCUAACUAACUUUGCACUUUUGCUGGAUGUUUCAGAGGGAGAGAAUAUUCCUGAAGGCAAUCGUCCAAUUGACCUCUUCCUUGAAGCAGUGACAUACAUUGGCAUCAUAAUAUCAAUAGUUUGCAUUCUCCUCACACUCUUCACAUACAUAGUGGCAAAAAAACUGAGGAAGAGAAGCUCAGGGCAAUUAAUCAUCAACCUAUGCUUGGCUCUAUUGUUCCUUUACUUGUCGUUCAUUCUGGCUAUACACAGUCGGAAGAAUGAAGCCCUCUGUGCAAUCAGUGCCUUGAUCCUGCAGUACUUCUUUCUUGUUACCUUUCUUGCUAUGGGCUGUGAGUCUGUGAUACUGUACAGGGAGCUGGUCAUCAUUGUAGGAGAAAGAAAAUAUGGUGUUGCAUUGAAGGCUGCUCUUGUGUGCUGGAUUCUGCCAUUGCUUAUUGUUGGAUUCUGUUUUGCUCCAAACUACAAUCAUUACAUCCACAAAGCAUUCUGCCGAGCUUUUGAUAUCCCAUUUUACAUUGGCACAGUUGCUCCCUUCAUCCUCAUAUACAUAUUCAAUUCCGUCGUCUUUACAAUCAUCAUCAUCUCUUUGCUAAAGAGAGGACAAUCAUCAGCUACUAAGCUCCCAGGAUACGUGUAUGUGAAGCAGCAGCUCGGUGUUGCAAUAUCGCUCUCAGUUCUCUUUGGCAUCACAUGGGGACUUGGACUGUUCGCCUCUAACUCCAUAUACAAAGGAAAUGAGAGGCAUGUCAGGGAUGCCUUUGCUGCACUUUUUGUCAUACUGACGACAUUUCAUGGCUUGGGUCUCUUCGUAAUGCACUGUGUCCGCCCGGCUAAAGUCAGAGAAGAAGUCAAAGCUAUCUUUCUCGAUCGGAAUAAGACGACCACAAGAACCUCCGGAACCGGGGGUAUCCAAAAGGAGAGAAUGACUGCAGCUUCAAAGAAUGCCGCCUAUACAGCAGCAACCAUUGACAAGAGGAGCUCUUAUUCUAUGCAUCCAACUGACAGUAUAAGAGAUUCCACUGCAUCUUUAAAGAAGGAUGGACAUGACUCCUUUGCCAUCGCUAACUCUUUUGCCACUCAUGAAGAAGAAACUGGAUUCACUGCUAAUCCUAAUUUUGUGGCCAUAGAGGAUUCUCCCGAGUUGACUCCAGUUAAGAAGUUUCAGGAUAAGAAAUUUGAGACAAAGGAAGAUAGCAACAGUAGCUCAGGAAGCUAUGCUUCUAAUGAUAAUGAUCCUAUAGUGACUGUGAAUGGGACUCCAGUUGAACAAUGAAUGGAAUCAUAACUGAACUUUGCAUGUGUACUAGUAAUGUCUAAACCUCUCCUCUCAGCAGUUUUGUAUUAAUUGUGUAUUUUUAUAUCUUUAUGCAAUCCAUUAGGGAUUCAUUGUAGCUUGUCGUUUUUAUAAUAAUUUUUAUUAGAAAAA